CACAUUCCCACUCGUGCUAACCUGACAUCAAUGAGAAUUCGCGGUGUCCUCAAACAAGAGAUAACAACAUGCUUCGUGGCAUUUAUGACAACACGUCAUACUUGUUUUAAUCCGACGUCUCGGUAGAGUGAGCGUGUUCUGUGCUGUCCAACACGAUGCAUAAAGGAGAUUUGCCGCCGGACGAUGCCGGCAGAAAAGUUGCCUUAAUAACUGGAAUAACAGGCCAGGACGGCUCCUACCUGGCGGAGCUGCUCCUGGGCAAGGGCUACCACGUGCACGGCAUCAUACGGCGCGCCAGCACGUUCAACACGGGGCGCAUCCAGCACCUGUACGCCGACCCCCAGUCGCACCGCCAGGGCCGCAUGAAGCUGCACUACGGCGACAUGACGGACAGCAGCUGCCUGGUGAAGCUGGUGGCGCAGGUGCGCCCCUCGGAGAUCUACAACCUGGCGGCCCAGAGCCAUGUCAAGGUGUCGUUUGACCUGAGCGAGUACACGGCGGAGGUGGACGGCGUGGGCACGCUGCGACUGCUAGACGCCGUGCGGACGUGCGGCCUGGAGCGCAGCGUCAGGUUCUACCAGGCGUCCACGUCGGAGCUGUACGGCAAGGUGCAGGAGGUGCCCCAGCGUGAGACCACGCCCUUCUACCCGCGCUCGCCCUACGCCUGUGCCAAGCUGUACGGCUACUGGAUCGUGGUGAACUACCGCGAGGCCUACAACAUGUUCGCCUGCAACGGCAUCCUGUUCAACCACGAGAGCCCCCGCCGGGGGGAGAACUUCGUGACGCGCAAGAUCACGCGCUCCGUGGCCAAGAUCGUGCUGGGGCAGAUGGACUGCCUGGAGCUGGGCAACCUGGACUCGAAGCGCGACUGGGGGCACGCCAGCGACUACGUGGAGGCCAUGUGGCUGAUGCUGCAGCAGCCGGCGCCCGAGGACUUUGUGAUCGCGACGGGCGAGACGCACAGCGUGCGGGAGUUCGUGGAGGCAGCCUUCCGGCACGUGGGGCGCAGCAUCGCGUGGGAGGGCUCCGGGGUGUCGGAGCUGGGGCGCGAGGCCGGCUCGGGCGCCGUGAGGGUGCGCGUCAACCCCAAGUACUUCCGCCCCACCGAAGUGGAGCUGCUGCUGGGAGACGCCAGCAAGGCGCGCAGCACGCUGGGCUGGAAGCCGCGCGUCACCUUCCAGGAGCUCGUCAAGGACAUGAUGGACUCCGACCUGGAGCUGAUGAAGAGGAACCCGUCGGCGUGAGGCGCCGAGUGUGGGCAGCAACUCGCUGCCGUGUUGUUUGGAACAGGACGCGGUCUCUUGGCGCUCCGAGGACACGGUGCCGCGCGCCGCGGCUGCAGCGAGCUCCCGCCAGCAGCACGGCCGACCCUGCCGUCGCCUGCAGUUGCGACGAUAUGAGUGCUCUGCGGUUCUGUCCGGGCGUGCCUCUGUGCGUCGAGCCGACAUGUUGUGGUCAGUUUCAUUUGAAAAUAUUAACAUUUUGUUAUAUCGUUAUUAUUUUUAUGAAUGUUGUACAUGACGCAUUGUGCUUAAAUAUUUAAAAUUACUCAAAAUAGGGAUGUACAUAUAAUGUUUAACGUGUCAAAACAAGACCCCUGUGUUACUAAAGCUACUAAAUUUAC